AUGGAGUUGACGUUAUCUCAAUGCGGGAAGCUCAAUGAGAGGAUUGUAGCUUUUCGCGACAGCGACGCGGCAGUAUUGGUGGCUAAAGUGAAAACCUAUGGUAUUGCCCAGAGGAUAGCACGAAUUGGCUCUUCUGUGGAGCAUCUUCACUUUAGCAACACAACGAAUAUGCUGGCAGGUGUAGGCGAAGGAAGAGUCAUAGUCUGGCCUGCGGUAGAGAUAGCUUUCAUCGAUAGAACGCUCCUGCAACAAUCGAUCAUAGACAAGCCAGUGUCCGCUCUUGGAAAAUUCCCUAUUUUGCGCAGUUUCACCGACAACGUAAUAAACCUGCGUAGUUUCACCGACAACGUAAUAAACCUGCGUAGGUCCGAUGGCUCGUUAGUGGCAACUACGAUACCUCCCUUUGCUGGAUCUCUUUUGGAAUACACUUCAAACUCAAAAUGGGAUCAGGCGAUUCGCCUUUGUCGUCACAUCAAGAGUGAUGUUACCUGGGCUAUGCUUGCUGGCUUGGCUACUAUUGCGCAAAACACUUACGCAGCUGAGAUUGCUUAUGGAGCUUUGGAAGAGGCAGAAAAGGUUAAAAUGCUGGCAGAAGCUAGGACACAUCCGAACAAAGAAGUUCGCGCUGCCAUGAUGUUACUACUAGCUGGAAAGGUGCCAGAGGCGGAUAAUUUGUUGGAAAAAGGAGGUAGCAUCUAUCGCGCAGUGAUGCUUAAUAUCAUCAUGAUGCGGUGGUCACGGGCCCUGGACAUUGCAGUCAAGCACAACGCAUAUCUGGAAGUAGUUAUGGGCUAUCGCCAGCGUUAUCUGGAAAAGUUGGGCAGAGAAGAAACCGAUGAAAAGUUUAUUCGCCAUAGAGGAGAGGUCGAAAUUGACUUCAACCAUAUUCGAGAGGUAAUGGCUGAAGCGGAGGCAGCGGAAGGAAUAACAAAAUAG